UUGGGCAAGAAGCUUGGUCCUGACUUAGUUGAAAGGUUGAAGAUUUCUCUGCUUGCUGCUGAAGCUCUGGUUGGUGAUGCCGAGUACAAGCAAUUGGACAACCCUUCUGUGAGGGAGUGGCUUAACAGUCUGAGGGAUGCUGUUUAUGUGGCUGAUGACUUGCUGGACGCUGACCUCACCAAAGCUGCCACUCGAAAGGAGGACAUGUAUUAGGACACUGCCAGAAUCAUUGUGUGACUUGUACAAUCUACAAACAUUGAAGCUGGAAUGUUGUUCUAGUUUGACUAAGUUACCCAAUGGCAUGCAUAAACUUGUGAAUUUGCAACAUCUUGAUAUUUUGGGUACUGAUUUGAAAGAAAUGCCAAGAGGAAUGAGCAAAUUGCAACACCUGCACACAUUAAGUUACUUUAUCGUGGGCAAGCAUAAAGAUAAUGGAAUCCAGGAAUUAGAGCUAUUAAAUCUUCAUGGAUUCUUUGAGAUUCAAAAAUUGGAGAAUGUCCUUGAUGUGAAAGAAGCAAGGAGUGCAAGGAUAAUAGAUAAGAAGAACAUUGACAACUUAAGGUUGGAAUGGUCUUCAGGUGAUUAUAUAGUUUCAAGAACACAAACUGAAAGAGAUAUACUCGACAGCUUGCAACCGCACCAUGGCUUGGAAGUGUUGCAAAUCAACGGAUACAAGGGUACACUAUUUCCAAAUUGGAUGGGGCAUCUUUCUUACCAAAACAUGACUUAUGUAUCUCUGGAGUCUUGCAAGAAUUGUUGCAUGUUGCCUUCACUUGGACAGCUGCCAUCUCUCAAGUCCCUGCACAUUGAAGGUUUCGAUCAGCUGAGGAGUAUUGGCAUGGAGUUUUACAAGAAUGAAGGCGAUCAUCAUUCUUCACUUCUUGCACCGUUUCCCUCAUUGGAGAUUUUGAAGUUCAAUAACAUGCCAUGUUGGGAGGUGUGGCACUUACCUGACUCAGAAACUUUUCCUCGACUCACGAAGCUUCAGAUAAGAGAUUGUCCGGUGUUAAAGGGAGAUAUGCUUGGCCGGGUAUUCUUGAGAAUCAUUUCUUCUUUGUGGGAUGUUUCAAAAGUUCGCAGACUAGAUAUACGUAUGGAUUAUGGAGAGUCUGAGAUCUCACUUAUUGGGGAGGAUAUGGUAUCAAUUAAGGGAUGUGAAUCUAUGCUGAAGUUUGUACUUCAGGCAUUGAGUGUCAGCCAUCUAAGUUGCCUCAAAGAUAUCUAUAUCUUACGUUGGUCGCUUGAUGUACUCUUCCGGGACAAUUGUGUACUCAAAUCUUUGCAAACUCUGAGAAUAUGGGGAGGCAGCAAGCUGAAAUUCCCCCAGCAACAGCAGAAGUACAGUUUAGUAGAGCUAUACAUAGAAGGAAACUGUGAUUCACUGACCUCAUUGUCGUUGGAUGACUUCCCCAAUCUUAAGACUCUCACUAUAUCAGAGUGUGAGAAUCUGGAAUCAGUUUCAUUGUCAGAGCCAUCACAUGCUGCUCUUCAACGUCUCACCAUCUUUAAAUGCUGCAAUUUUGUGUCAUUCACAGGAAAAGGACUGGCUGCACCCAACUUGACUCGUCUUGAGGUCAGCUUCUGCACCAAGUUGAAGGCAUUGCCACAUGAUAUGAAUACUCUUCUCCCAAGUUUACAGUCUCUCGAGAUAGAGGGCUGCCGGGAAAUUUGUAGGUUGCCAGAGGUUGGUUUGCCGCCUAACCUGAAACAGCUUAUUAUUGGGAAACAAUGGAGGGGUCUAUCGUCGAUGCGCAACUUGGACACCCUCACUCAUCUUAUCAUUGAUGGUUUUGGCAGUGAGAAUGUGAAGUCAUUCCCUGAGGCCGGUUCGCUGCCUCACCUUCCCUCUCUUACCACUUUGAAGAUCAGUCGGUUUAGUAAUUUGGAGACAUUAGAGUGCAACCAACUUCUCUGCCUCACCUCCCUCCAACAUUUAAUAAUUGAAGAAUGUUGGAAACUGGAGAAUAUAGCAGGUGAAAAGCUGCCUUCCUCUCUCUUGCUACUUGAAAUUGACUACUGCGAUUUGCUGGGAGAACACUGCAAGAACAAGCAUCAACAAAUUUGGCCCAAAAUUUCCCACAUCCCGUCCAUUCAAGUUGGUACCAAAGAAGUGUUUCUAUGGAGAACUGAUCGCUACACGUACAGCGGUAAAAGGAGGCUGAUGGCUAGGAUUCCAUCAUAUGUGUAGGGAUUAAUAAUCCUGAGUUUGUUUGAGGCAGUAAACUGGAGUUAAAUGUUAGGAAUCAGAAGAGGUGGUUUCUAUUUUUAGCUGCAGGUUCUUUACAACAACAGUCUACUAACCUAACUAUAGGGAUUUACUUGAGUGGACACAAGCAGUUGAGCAAAUAGAAGAAAACUUGAGAGGAGGUGCUAUUUUCACCUCAGCAGAUUUUUUCAUCAGCAACUUGUUUUCAUCAAGUGAAUGAUCGGAUGGUAAAAUCUAGUGAUGUUGAACUGAAAUUUUAACUGGAGAUUCUUCACUCACAGUUCUUCAAUUUGGAGGUGUGGUUUGCAGUCUGAGCUCUGUGGUAGAACUGCCAGAAAGUUUCAUUAAUUUAAUCUUUUGGUUGACCAUUUUCUUCUGUAGAAUAUGUGGUCAGUGCUUGUAAGUUCUGAGACUUGUUUAUUUUGUUCCUUUGAUUCGGAUAAUAAUGAAGCUUUUUACCUUCUCUUGA